GGACAAUGAAGGACACCAAAGGAGGGAAGAAUUUCCAAGAGAAGGAGGAGGACCUUGAACCCCGAGUUGAACUGCAUUUCACCAUAUUGGAAGAAUCGGAAGGGGGUAUUUCGCAGGGGAAACUCUGGCCCUCUGAGAUCGACGCAGGGCUACGGCCCUCGGACAGCUCCUGUCCGCUGGAUCCGGAUGAUGAAUUACUUUAUUCCGAUCAUUCCCGGUCCUCGCCGGAAAUACAGAGGCUACGCCCAGAACCUGACAGGAGGCCCCAGGAGAGAAGAGUGGAAAUGUACCCUAAGCCCGGUCCUGAGCAGCAGGUCGAGCUUCAUUUCACCAUUCUGGAGGAAUCCGAAGGGGGCAUUUCCGAAGGUAAACUCUGUGCCAGUGAGAUAGGACGGGAUGGAUCACCAGAGGUGAGCUACCCGGAGCGGCAGUGGGAUAGGUCCGUUCAGUGGCGUGAGAAAGCUGUCCAGCUACCAUCCGUUGUGAAGGAAUCUCUGCCGGCUGAAGGAAGACCAGAAGCCGACGCUAAGCGGUCAGUUCUCCAGCCAGAGAGCUCUGAUCAGCAGGUAGAGCUCCAUUUUACCAUUUUUGACGAUCCCGAGGAAAGAAGCCUUUCCCAAGGACCGGAGGACUAUCCGGUCUGGGCAAGCCCGUUUAAACCAGCAAUUUAUCAAGGUGACUAUCCAAAAGAGAUUUGGGAUGCAUCCCUUGACAGUCUUGGAGAUGUCUUUGAAGCAUCUUUCCAGCAGGAGUUCUACUCCGAUGGGAGAAUGUACCCCUGUACCGAAUGCGGGCGAGUUUUCAACCGGAAGUCAACCCUGACCCGACACUGGCGCACCCACACGGGGGAGAAGCCGUACUCGUGUCUCUACUGCGGGCGGAGUUUCAGCCUGAAUCUGAACCUUCUUACCCACCAGAUGACCCACACGGGAGAGAAGCCCUACAAAUGUCCCGACUGUGGGCAAAGCUUCACCCGUAGCACAAGUGUCACUCGGCACCAGAGAAGCCACAGAGAGGAAGGCCUUUUCAAGAGCGACUUGUGGGAGGACGCCUUCUCCUACCCGGUCCCGGUUCCCUUCCCUUUCCCGAUGCCUCCUCCGGUGGAGGAGAAGUCCUUCAUGUGCCCCGUUUGUGGGGAGGCCUUUACUCACAGUGGGAGUCUGAACAGGCACUUGCGAACACACGGGGUGGAGAAGCCUUAUAAGUGCAUGGUCUGUGGGGAAGGUUUCUGUUCUAUGUCAAAGCUUUACCGUCACGAGAGAAUCCACCUGGUGGACAAGCCCUAUCACUGUGAAAUCUGCGGGAAGAGCUUUGCCGUCAAGUCAACGCUGACCCGGCACCAGAUGCUCCACCAGGCAGAGAGGCCUUACAUGUGUUCCCACUGUGAGAAGGGCUACGUUCAACGGAGUCAUCUGGCUAGGCACCAUCACAAAGCACAUCCUGGGGUCCCCUUUAACCCAGUCAAAGCGAACACUAUGCCUGCCACUAUUCUGGAUUCUGACAAUUUAAUUACCUAUUUCUGGGGAGAUGAGGAAACAGACACUGCCCCGGAGCCUGUCCCAACUCAAUUGAUCUAUUCUGGAGCAGAUUGCUGAAGGACUUAAUCCUAGUCGGGAAUGCCCUGUUCUCCAGAGAGAACCUCACUAAGAUUCCACCUCUUCUCUUCUUAAAUCUCCAUGCACACUUCUGAUCUUAGAGUUUGGUGAUGCAAAGUGGAUUUUUUAUGGUAGAAAACGAAAAAAAACCCACUUGGUUUUGUUCUGGACAGUCUUUGUGCCAAGACCCUUUUCUUGCCUUGUUAUUCAUAAUUCCAGGAACUGUCCUGUCAUGCCCAUACAUCACAUCCACAUCUCCAGAGGAUACGUCGUUCUUGUGGUUCCUUGAAGCCCACUACAGAUGGUGCCAGUAUCCAAGCGCUUGGAGAAGGCAGGCCCAGCAAAGAAUGAGAAGUGGGCAAUCAGCACACUCCUGAAUGGACCCAUUCACACGAAUUUCUCUUAACUGCUGAAUAGAACAGAAGCUGUGUGCCAUAGUACUGGGCUCAGAGAACAUCUGUAUAUCUCUUGAUGCAAAUCUUCACAGGGGGAAAGGGAAUAGUCCAGCCUGUAGCAAGAUAUUUAGUUGUAGGUGAUGUGUGGGAGCUUGGAAGUUCAUCUGAAAUUAUUUUUGUUUGUGGUAAGGAUGUCUAUGGAGAUUCCCAAUCAUCCAGGUCAUGGGUUGUCCCAAAGGUGCUUUUUCAAAAGACAACUGGACAUUGUUUUUCCUUGAAGAUGUUUCGCUUCUCAUCCAAGAAGCUUCUUCAGUUCUGACUCUUUAGUAAGGAUGGGGUUUUUUCCCUUACAGGAAGCCUCUGCCUUGUUUCAUCACUUCUUUUUUUGGGGGGUAAUGGGUGAACUCUUAAGAGAAAUGAGUAACAUAUAGAAACAGAGAACGCAUACGUAAAGGCUAUUCUUUGAUGCACAAACCAGAUGUCCUGUAAGAAAUGUCUAAGAUCUAGGCAGAAUAUA